UUAAAUUUUUUUAAAGCCAAUCAGGCAGCCUCACCCCCUCUGCAGUGUAUUAAGCAGAAAGCUUUACACAUUGAAAAUGAAGAUGGAUGAAAUCAUAGGGGACUGUUUUAGGCAUGGUUUCCCCAAACGAGAAAUCUUGUUACUGGAAGAAUCGUAUGGUGUUGAGCUCUAAGCCUCUGAUCCCUGGAGAGAGAGAGAGAGAGAGAGAGAACUCUGUCUAACGAUGAGCUCUGGCAGCAACGAAACUUCUUACUUUAACUCAAGGCUAAAGGCCCAACUCGCAAAGCUCUGUGUUCUGUUUCCGCGCUGGUUUUAUUCUUAAAGUUAAAGUGCCCAGGAGUGAUUUGUGUCUGCACUGCUCUGAUGCUUCUUUCAGGAGCUGUGUGAGGACAUGAAAACCAAGACAUCCACGGCUGGAGGGACGUCAGAGGUCCGUGUGAAGAAAGAGGAGACACUGGAGCUGAAAAUCUACAACCAUAGAGACGAUCUCGACAACCCACCUGAAGGUCUCUCUGUUAAAGUGGAAGAUCCUGACAAUAAAGACUACCUCUACUGCGAAUUUUGCAAAUCCUUCUUCCUCAACAAAUGUGAGGUUCAUGGACCACCCCUCUUCAUCCCAGAUACUUCUGUUCCCAUGGGAGUCCCUGACCGAGCCAGACAAACUCUUCCUCCUGGGCUAGAAAUCCAGAAGUCCAGUAUUCCUGAUACAGGCCUGGGAGUGUUUAAUAAGGGGGAGACUGUUCCAGUAGGUGCACACUUUGGACCCUGCCAGGUAGAGCUGGUAAACAGAGAGGAAGCCAGGAACAGUGGAGACUCCUCGGUUGUAUACAGGAGCAUGCAGUGUGAAGAAUACAUCAAUGCCAAAAGAGAGAUGCAUGUGAAUUGGAUGAGGUAUGUGAAUUGUGCCCGUAAUGAAGAAGAACAGAAUCUUGUGGCAUUUCGGUAUCGAGGGGGAAUUCUGUAUCGUUGCUGUCGACCCAUUAACCCAGGACAGGAGCUUUUGGUGUGGUAUGAAGAGGAGCACACCAAAGAACUCAGUCCUGCACCUACAGGAACAACCAGACAGCAAGUAACCAGAGCACUCCCCCAGAGGACUCAUUUUGGCAUGUUCCACCAACCAGAAGUAAAGAAGACUUUGCUGCAGGUCUUUUCCUGCUCCACAUGUCCUCGUUCCUAUGCAUCUCAAAUUUACCUUGACAAACACAUCCAGAGUCACUCUGAAGAGUAUGUGAGACUGCAGGAAUCAGGAGAGAUUAAAUAUGAGCUUCAGAUCCCCUCCAAAUGCUCCAGUAGUCAGCCAACAUCAUCUGAUGCUCUCAGUUUUGACACUUCUCAUAAUGAUAUACAGAAGGAAAUUCACCACUGCUCAGACUGUGGAAAGAGUUUUGGUCAUCAGAAUGCACUCAAGACACACCAGUGCAGUCACACAGGAGAGAAGCCGUAUCACUGCUCACAGUGUGGAAAGAGUUUUACUUAUCAGAGUCAUUUCCAACAACACCAGCGCAUUCACACAGGAGAGAAGCCGUUUCACUGCUCACAGUGUGGGAAGAGUUUUACUCGUCAGAGUACUCUCCAACAACACCAGCGCAUUCACACAGGAGAGAAGCCGUAUCACUGCUCACAGUGUGGAAAGAGUUUUACUCAGCAGAGCGCUCUCCAAACACACCAGCGCAUUCACACAGGAGAGAAGCCUUUUCAUUGCUCACAGUGUGGGAAGAGUUUUACUCGUCAGAGUAAUCUCCAAACACACCAGCGCAUUCACACAGGAGAGAAGCUGUAUCACUGCUCACAGUGUGGAAAGAGUUUUACUUAUCAGAGUCAUUUCCAACAACACCAGCACAUUCACACAGGAGAGAAGCCGUUUCACUGCUCACAGUGUGGGAAGAGUUUUACUCGUCAGGGUACUCUCCAAACACACCAGCGCAUUCACACAGGAGAGAAGCCGUAUCACUGCUCACAGUGUGGGAAGAGUUUUACUCAGCAGAGUCAUCUCCAUCAACACCAGCGCAUUCACACAGGAGAGAAGCCGUAUCACUGCUCACAGUGUGGGAAGAGUUUUACUCAUCAGAGUCAUCUCCAACAACACCAGCGCAUUCACACAGGAGAGAAGCCGUAUCACUGCUCACAGUGUGGGAAGAGUUUUACUCAGCAGAGUGAUCUCCAAAAACACCAGCACAUUCACACAGGAGAGAAGCCGUAUCACUGCUCACAGUGUGGGAAGAGUUUUACUCAUCAGAGAAAUCUCCAACAACACCAGCGCAUUCACACAGGAGAGAAGCCGUAUCACUGCUCACAGUGUGGGAAGAGUUUUACUCAUCGGUGGAUUCUCCUACAACACCAACGCAUUCACACAGGAGAGAAGCCGUAUCACUGCUCACAGUGUGGGAAGAGUUUUACUCGUCAGAGUCAUCUUCAGCAACACCAGCGCAUUCACACAGGAGAGAAGCCGCAUCACUGCUCACAGUGUGGGAAGAGUUUUACUCAUCAGAGUGCUCUCCAACAACACCAGCGCAUUCACACAGGAGAGAAGCCGUAUCACUGCUCACAGUGUGGGAAGAGUUUUACUCAUCGGUGUAAUCUCCAACGACACCAACGCAUUCACACAGGAGAGAAGCCGUAUCACUGCUCACAGUGUGGAAAGUGUUUUACUCAGCAGAGUGCUCUCCAACAACACCAGCGCCUUCACUCAGGAGAGAAGCCGUAUCACUGCUCACAGUGUGGCAAGAGUUUUACUCAUCAGAGUGCUCUCCAACGACACCAACGCAUUCACACAGGAGAGAAGCCGUAUCACUGCUCACAGUGUGGGAAGAGUUUUACUCAUCGGUGUUCUCUCCAACAACACCAGCGCCUUCACUCAGGAGAGAAGCUGCAUCACUGAUCAGUCUGGAAAGAUGUUUACUUAUUCAGUUACAUUUAAAACCUACAAGUGCACCAACUUGUAGACAUUGUAUGAUUUUAAAUUUGUCAAAUUAAACAUGGUUAUUAUUACAGUUUUGGCUGAAAAUGACCUGUACUUUGAACUUUAUUGUUCAUGUUAUAUGACUGUUUUAAAAUACGUAACCUUAUA